AUGUCGGAAGUUGCCGCGGGGCUCGCUCGGAGGGCUUACUGGUUGUGUGCUAAGCGUGGCUGCAACGCUUGGAAUUGGUGCGACAAGCGUUGGACGUGCAAGGCGUGCGGCACCAGCGCUCCCCCAUGGACGAAGGAGUACCGCUCCGACAAGGUCUCCCCUCGGGUGGAUGCCGACGGGUUCGUGCAGCAGCCCAGGGGAAGAGCUGACCAGCGCGCUGCGAGGCGCUCCGCCUCCCAGCGGGCCCUCUCAGGGAGCACGGCACCCAGCAGCUCCCCCAACAGCAGGACACGGCGUGGGCGUUCCUGGGGAGAGGCCAAGUCUCAGUACGAUGAGCUCCAGGCGCAGCUCGUGGCGGCCAAGGAGCGGGUCGACAAGCUCCAGGCGGCCGCGGCGCUCGGGCUCUCGGAGGACUUCCAGCGAGAGGCGGAGAAGGCCCUCCAGCAGGGAAGGGACCAGGUCGCCGCCCUCGAGCAGUCGGCCCAGGAGGCCCAGCGGACGGGACGCCCGCCCCACUCGGUCUUCCACAUCGAGGCCAACGCCAUCCAGAAGGUCGAGCGUCAGUUGGCCACUGCCCGCACCAAGAGGGAGAAGCUCCAGCUGCAGGCGGCGGAGCUGCGCGACCUCAUCGCGGAGAAGCAGGAGCAGCUGUCUGCGGCCGAGUUGGGAGUUGAUGAAGUCACUGGGCAGAUUGCUGAGCUGGAGGAGACCAAGGCCAAGGUCACGCAGCAGGCGAUCCAGAGGGCCAACGCGGCGGUCGGUGGUGUGCCGAGCCCGCUCGGGGACGCUGUCCAGGGGCUGCUCACUCAGGUUGGGGCACUGUCGGACCUCCUCAAGCAGCACGGGGGUGAGCUGCCCCCCAGGUUCUCGGAGAUCGUCGACAUUCUCAACACGCAGAAGGAAGCGGUCGUCGACGUGCUCAUGCCCCGCAGCAGCUCGGCCAGGAAGCGCUGGGGCGACAGCGUUGGCGACGACGGCCUCGCGACUGAGGACGACGACAUGCCGCUCGACAUCGUGUCCUCAGGAGGGCCCGAGGCCGCCCCCUCCCCUGGCGCCCCGCGGACAGGGCAGUCCGCGGCUGGGCCGCCCGCCCCACGGGCCAGGUCUGCGGACGGGCCCUACGGGCCCGCUGUGGCCCGUGGCCAGCGCGGAGCGACUCUGGGUGCGUGGCCCCAGGUGGAGCCCUGCCUCGCCAAGGCCCUCGCAGAGCAAGGGGCGGCCAUCUCGGACGGAGGGCUGGAGUGGCAAGCCUCCACAGUUCGUGGGCCCAGCUGCUGGGACAGGGGCUCGGCGGGCAUGGGGCCUGGCGUUGAGGAACGCGCGGCUCGCGAGGCUGCCGUCAUCGGCAAAGCGCCGCUGGUUGACAGGGCAGGAGGCCAGCAGCUCCGAGCUGGCCUCGUCUUGCUCGGCUGCAACGGCAAUACUUGGAGCAGGAGCAUUGAGGUCAUUGAAGCCUUCUUCAAGGCGUACGACUACUGGCCCGACGUUGUGGCGCUGCAGGAGACGAGGCCCCCGCAUGAGCGCCUGCCCAGUGCGGCGGCUCAGGCCCAAAGGCUGGGGUACGCGGCCUUCCUUCACGCGGCAGUGUUGACGGAGAAGCAGGGGCCCCUGGCGACCUCAGGCGGCGUGGCGAUCCUGGUGCGGGACGGCUUGCAAGCCGACGAGUCUGCGGCCCCGCUGCCCUCGGCUUUGCGGCACCGCCUCAUCGGAGUGGAGAUUGCCGCAGCUUCGGGCCUUCGGCUUCUGGUGCUCGCUGGUUAUUUUCAGCACUCUCUGGGCCCUCGAGGUACCAACCUCGACUUGUUUUCGGCCAUCUCGGAGGUGACGGGCUCCUAUGCAGACAUCCCGUGGGUCCUCCAAGCGGACUUCAACAUGGAGCCCGAGCCCCUGGAGGAGUUGGGGUGGCCCGCGGCAGUGCGGGGGCACGUCCUGGGGCCCUCGGAGGCGACGUGCCAUGCCGAGGGCUGUGACCACCUCUACGACUGGUUCGUGGCUUCUGCGGCGUUGGCGGCCUGCACGGCAUCCUGUGCCACCGCGCUCGAGGGCUUUGGGCUGCACCCUCAUCGCCCUGUCCUACUUCGCCUACAGGAUGUUCGGGCAGAUGCGUUGGUUGAGGUUCCGUCCAGGCCCGCCCGCUUUCCCGAAGUAGCCCCCGAGCUCCUUCGGGCACAUGAGGACGCGGUUAUUGUGCGUUACUCGGUUGGCAAGAAGGGGCAGGUCACGUCCAGGGAGGUCUCGUGGUCCUGGGACGUGGGCUCUGUUCCGACCAACCUCUCCGUUGCCUUCGGCGAGUGGGCGGCAGCCGCAGAAGGCACCCUGGUCGGCAUCCACGGCAUCGGCCAGGCUGACCUGGCCCGUCAUCUCGGCAGAGGAGAGGGGCCGAGGCUGACCCUCAAGCCGCUCAGCGCCCUUGUCAGGCGGGAAGCCAGGUUCAGGUUCAGCCUCCUCACGCACCGCCUAAGGAGUUGUCUGGACGUGGCCCUCCAGCGAGUGCGCGCGGAGAGCACUGGCCGAUGGCACCCUCGGCAUGCGGUCUGGUACGAGCACCAGGCCGAGCUCAGGGCGCAGCUCUUGCUGGAGGCGGUGCAGGAGGCGGACGACUCGGUCGGUCAGGGCCUUCCUGGUGCUGCUCCUGAGCGGUUGGGCGACCUGGUGUACCAGGCGGGCGUCCUCGGCAGUCCUGAGGCAGUUCGGGACCUCCAAGGGCUGCUCAGUGCUUCGCAGCGCCGCGAUGCGGCUCAAAGCGCCCAGGCCUGGCGCAGCUGGGCCCAGACAGCGGUCGAGAAGGGCGGUCGCCUGGCCCACCGCUUCUCGAAGGCGACGCCCCCGCCGACGGUCAGGGACGCUGACUCGGGCAGGAGGCUUGUGGGUAUGGCAGCGAUUGGCGAACUCACGAGAGUCUGGCAGAAGCUGUGGCUCCAGGACGGGUUUGCCUCGGGCGCGGGGGCCAGCAGCUGGGACGUGGGCGAGUGGCAGCUGCCCCCCAUCUCGCUGGAGCAGCUCCAGGCAGCCUGCAAACGCUACAGCCCCUCGGUGGGCCUCGGGUGCGACUCCCUGCGCCCUCGGCAGAUCCUCCUUCUGCCAGUGGCGCUGCAGCUGCGCAUCCUGGACAUCCUGGCGGCCUACGACGAGGCCCCUGCAUCGAUCCACGGGCAGGCCCCUAGGAUGAUCCUAGCGGCGGGCAUGGCCUCCCCCGCCUUCGGCACUACGGGAACGGUGCUGGCUGGGUGUGCGUGUGCGACAGCAGUUGCGAAGCUCCCAGUACUGGGAGCCCUCCUGGCAGCGGGGGCGACUUGCCCGUUGGUCACGCCGAGGAAUGUUGUCGACGAUAUUUCGCUCCAGGCGGUCGGCACGGCUCGGCUCGUGAAGCUGCAGAUGGUGGCCGCCAGUUGUGAGGUGGUCCGACAGCUGCGCGAGCAGCACCUCCCACUCAACGAGAGUAAGUCGGUCUUCCUGGCCUCGUCGCCGCAGCUCGCCAAGGAGCUCUCCGAGGCUUGGGAGGCGCAUGGCUUUACCUUCAAGAGGGGCCUUCAGGCGAGGAACCUCGGCACCGACGCCAACAUCACUCGUCGCGGGGUUCAUGAAGGAGCUGUGCGGGCGGCCAGCGGCCUUCGCCGAGGACGCAGGCUAGGUGUGCUUCGCUCAGCUGGCGCGGCUACCGAGCUGGUUCAUCGUGCUGGGCCCACCGCGGCGAUGCUGUGGGGGCGCACUGUGACUGGUGUUCCAGAUAAGGAGCUGCAUUCGUGGCGCUUGGCGGCUGUGCGCUCAGCUGGGAAGUUCCCUAAGGGCGCCUCGCUCGGGUUGAGACUCAGAGUGGUGGAGGUCAUGAAGUCCAUCGACCUCGACCCGAGCCCCGCGCUGCUUCGGGCCGCGGUGCAGAUGGCGGCCAGUCUCCUCCAGUCGGGGGAGGUCCCGCUGCGUAUGUUCGAGUCGGCCGUGCAGGAGGCAAUGCAGAGGCACGCGGGAGCAGCAGCCCCUUGGGCGCACUGCCGCACGCCGGUGGAUGCCCUGGCCCUCUCGCUCUCCAGAGUGGGCUGGAAGCUUGUUCAAGGAGCCCGCCUCGCAACCGACGACGGCCAUCUCCUGGACCUGCGCAUGUUGGGGCCGCGCGAGCUGGGCCUGCUGGCUGCGGCAGGGGCACGGCGAGCGUCUGACAAGUCGGAGCUGGCCCGCCUCGGCCACGGUGCGCUCCCUCAGUCGCCCCUGUUCUGGGAGGCCUUCGCGGAGGUCCUCGGGCCUGGCAGCAAGCUCAGCCACAGGGAGAAGGCGGCGGUGGUGAGCUUCCUUUCCAACGCCCACUGGCCCCAGACCCGUUUGCACGCGGCGGGUGAGAGGGAGCACGCUCGCUGCUGUGCCUGUGAGGCCCCCCGCGGCAGCCUCUGGCACAGGCUGUUCGAGUGUCCUGUCCUCGCGGGGGCCAGGCGUGACUCCACCUCUGACCGCCUUCGGCGCUGUGCGCAUCGUGCACGCGGCCGCGGCGAGGAGGCGGGGGAAUGUUUCGCGCGCUGCUGGCUCCCUCAGCCACCGAGGGCCGCCCCGAGGUCAGACGCCAUGGCAGUCAUGUGGUGCAAUCGCCCCGCCGACGGUCUUCUCGGGGGGCGGCUCUACCUGGAUGGGUCGGCGCUCGACCCCGAGCACGAGAGCCUGCGGCGUGCGGGAUGGAGCAUCGUGCAGUGCGACUCCGACGGCAACAUGGAGUGCGCGGUGUACGGCAGCGUGCGCCAGGACCUCUGCCCGUUCCAGACGGCGAAGGACGGCGAGGAUUUCGCGGUCUGGAUGCUGUCUCGCUUUCUGGGCCCGAGCGUUGACGAGAUCCUCAUUGAUUGUGCGUCCACGGUCAGCUGCCUCACGAUGGGCAAGAAGUACGCGACGGCAACCAGCAAGCCCAACGCCCACCUCUGGGAGGGGAUCUACGCGUCGCUGGACGUGGACACGCUCAAGGUGACCAAGGUGGCAGCCCACUGCACCGCCAGAGACGUGAUGGAUGGCAAGAUCACGGAGGCGGACCUCCGUGGCAACGGACAUGCAGACCGCUGGGCCAAGGCGGGGGCGGAGCUCCACCGUACCAGCCCAGUGGCCAGGCGCGAGUUCUUUGGCACGAUGGAGGUGGUGAGGGAGCUCUCAUGCUGGGUGGCGCAAGCCUCCCUCAUCUGGCAGGGGAUCGAGGUCAAGGACUGCGAGGGCCUCCCCGAGGGCAGUGAGCGGGCGGCCGUCUCCUUCGCAGUGCCAGUGGUGGAGCCCGCCAGCAGCCGCCCGCCCGACCUGGGUUCGGGCGACGGGUGGGCAUCGGCGGCGCGCGCUGGUGGCGUCUCCCUCGGGGCGACGGCCUUCGUCGUCGUCGGCCACGUCCUGGCCUACGCCAAGUGCGGGGAGGGCGCCGCCGAGCAGGAGCUGAUGGCGUGCACCCACUGCGGGGCGUACGCGCGGCUGGGUGGGCGCUCAGGUGCUGCGCCCAAGCUCAAGGAGCAGUGCCCAGGGUCGGCUGGGCUUCCCAAGGGCAGGAGAGACCAGAAGGCGCGCUGGUUGCAGGGGCGGCACCCUGCUGGCACGCCCCACAGCGGCAGCAAGAGGGUCGGAGCGUCUGUGCCCAGCCUGCGUAAGGAGGACGUGGUGCCGAUGGCCGCCAGGGUGCGCUUCCUGGAGUGGCUGGGUGUCCGCCCCGAUGAUGCACCUGGCGGCGUGGCCGCCGACGCCGGCCGGGGGCCCCCCAGCGGCGCGGCGGCCGCAGGUGAGGCGGAGGCUGAGCCUUUGGCGCCUGACUCCUCGGGGGCCUCGAGGGAGGCUUGGCUUUCCGCCUACGGACUCGACGAAGCGAGCCUCCUCGAGUGGUCAGCCGCAGCAGAGGCGGCGCGCGAAGACAGGCGCAAGAGGCGCCGUCGCGCUGAAGGUGACGAAGGGGAGUGA